UUGUUCCCGUCUUGUUGAGACUUGACUUCAUCGUACUCAGAGGAAGUAUGGCUGGUCAAAUCACACGUCGGCCUAAUGGUAAAAAAACAAAAUCCCAACGAAGUUGAUGAAAACGACAGUACAACUCAGGAAAACGGGCUUUUCAGAGAGCACGUGAAUGCGUCAUUACUACAGCUAGCCUGAUGCCGGUGAAAGUGCUCCACCCUGAAACAAUAAAUCAACAGUUAAACACUUCGUUUAAAACAUGUCCGGGACAUUAAACGGAUCCAAGCAGCCCUUAAGAAGUUACACACCAAGCUUAGAAACUGUGUAACAGUUUUUAAACAACAUUCAGCCUGAAAGCUGACGAAGGUUUGAAGCUAUCGUUUGCUGUUUAUGACAUGUUACUCGGGUAUCUGUGGAAACUAACCUGAGCUCACAGGAUUAGCCGUCUUGGAUUAACUCUAAUCUGAGGGGUGAAUGGCCGUGAAGAGGUGAACCAGGUCCUCGCAGUCUGGACUGCUGUAAAGGAUGCUCCAGGGGCCGUACAGCAGCCUGGACCGGGACCGGCCCCUCAUCAGGGUCCAGGUCCCCAGCUUUGCCGUGGGGACGGUCCUGCUCCCUCUGACCGGCCUCAUCGCCUGCCUCUUCAUCUCACUCGUGUACCACUUUGAAGUAUCAACGUUCACACACUGCCGAGUAUCAAACUACCUCCCGUCCAUCAGCGCCGCCAUCAGCCUGGUGCCAGAGCGCUACGUCUGGCGCUGCUGCAUCGGCCUGCACUCUGCGCCGCGCUACCUGAUGUCCGCUAUCUACUUCCGCUUCUACCGCGGCCGCUUUGAGAAGCUGCCGGAGCAGCUGCUGAGCGGCCUCGCUCUCCUCUGCAGCCUCGCCGAAAACACCGGCCUGCUGCUGCUCACAUACGUGUCGUCCACAGAAACCUACAGUGUUCAUAAAUAUUCUUUCGGUGUGUUCAUUGGGAGCUCACUGCUGCACAUGCUCAUUACCUGCAGACUGUGGCAGGUGAUCAGGAGACACUAUGUGAACCCAGAGGAAGUGACAUCAUACCGCUGGAAGCUGCGUCUCUUCCUGUUUAACAUCAGCUGUUGUGGGGCUGCCGCUUAUUUCUUCAGACGCCACAACAAGUAUUGUGAGUCAGGAGUCUACACGCUGUUCGCCCUCUGUGAGUACCUGGUUGUCCUCUCGAACAUGGCCUUCCACAUGACAGCCUUCUGGGAUUUUGGGACCAAAGAGGUGCUCGUGGCCACGCCCCCUGAGGGCAAGAGAUACUGAUCUGUAAACAGGGGAAGAGAAACGCUCCAAUCGGAUGCCUGGACUUUAUAUUUCACGCAAUGUGAGCUCAUAAAGGCGUCAUGGACAUUAUGAGAGAACUGAUACUGAUGCCUUUUAUUCUAACUGCAGGUGAGAUUACACUCUAUCAUUCCAAAAGCACCUGUGCGCUUCUGACUGCUCUGUAGAGAGUACAAACAUCUGUUUUAGCGGCGUUGACAUGACAUUUUCAAGCACACAAGGACAGAAACAGACGAUAUGGGAGGUAUUUGAACCCCAAAAUAUAAGUGUUAAAAUUUCCCUUAGCUUGAACUUUUAACAAACACAUCUUGGUAAGUGGGAUACAUUUGUAAGCAAAGUAUGGCUCUAGCUAACUAGGCUAGCCCAAGCAUUACCUGAUAACUGAGCCUUACUAAGUAAAGUUCUUACUCUUUGCUGCUCUUCAGGAUCCACCCUCUUGUCCAAAUACGGUCAUCAGGAAAUCCAGUCACAGUUACAGCCUUACAAAGAGCGAAAAUCUGUCGGUCAUUAAUCGAAGAAAAAUAAAAACAAUUUAUUUGUGUCAUCUU